AUGGCGGGCGCCGGGCGUCUGCUGCUGCUGCUCUGCCUGCUGCCCGGAUCCUUGGCCUGGGGCUCCAAGGCCGCGUUGCAUUUGUACAAGGUCCCCUUCCGGCAGCCGAACAACCACGCCUGCUCCAAGCACUCGGAUUGCCAGAGCGGCUGCUGUGUCGCCAACAUCUACAGCUCCGUUUCGGAGAUGACCUGCAGACCCAGGACCAUCUUCCUGCAGUGUGAGCCUUGGCGCAAGCGCAACGGGAGCCACUGCACCAGCCACGAGGAAUGCCAGAGCAGGUGCUGCAUCAAGCUGAACAAGGUCAGCCGCCACCGCUGCGUCCCCCAGAGCGGGAUCCUGGCUCAGUGCCUGCCCUUGGGUAGCGCUGGGCACGGCGGGGGCUCCGGGCGGCGUGUGAACGCUGGGUUCCUCGGGGUCCGAAUCCGUCGUGACCGGGACACGCGUCCUCGCCGAGGCACCGCCCGGCCCAGCCGGCCGUUGUGCGCUGUGAAAACCCGGAUCCGCGGCCUGGAUGACGUCACGGGCCCCCGCAAGGGGCGGUCUGGCGGCCACCUGGGGGCGAGGGCGGCUGGCGACCCGCAGACGGUGAGCCAACUGCGCAUGCGCAGGUGCGGCCCGGGGCGCGUGCAA